AUGGUGGCCUUGAAAAGCUUCAACACAAAACCCCUGAUGAAAAGAAAGGUUAAUGCAGCCUUUGACACCAGGGGUUCGAAUUCAUUCAUCGACUGGUACAACGUUACAUCAGCAUUUCGUAUUAGCAAUCAGACAAGUCGCUAUUUCAACCCAUCAGCAAAUUUCGUCAUCUAUAACCAGUCUAAGAAAAAUGGAACGUCUGUCACGAGAAUACGAGUUGGACAUUACAAGACAUGCGCGGUUGUCGGCAAUAAUGGCAUCCUCCGUGGCAGCGGCUGUGGGGACGACAUUGACCGCAAGGAUUUUGUUAUCAGAGUUGAAGCCAGGUUGGUAGAAUCCCAGUUCCUCAAAGAAGUGGCUCGAAAUGGCUCCAGGUUUGACUGGCAGAACUUCAACAAUGCAACACUCAAGAGACUCUUUGAUAAAAUCACUGGUCUUGGAACCGCAGCUCAGACUGACCAGGCAAAACUGGAGGAGCUCAACAAGGUACUCUCAGAGAUGGAAGACAUCUACUCCACUGGGAAGGCGUGUGAGUACGACAACCCGUCCAACUGUCUGGCGCUGAACCCAGAUUUAUACAACUGCCUGGCUAAAGAGCGUGACUACGACCGGCUGCGGUUCUGCUGGGAAGGCUGGCGGGACGGCGUAGGCAGGCAGCUGAAGGACAAGUACCCUCGCUUCGUGGAACUCAGUAACGAUGCCGUUAGGCAAGAUGCUCGGAGAUGGGAAGACACGGGAGCGUACUGGCGCUCCUGGUACGAGACAGCUGACUUCCAGGAACAACUGGAGAACCUGUACAACCAGCUCACGCCUCUGUACAACAACCUGCACGCUUACGUCAGGAAGAAGCUCAGGGCUACAUACGGACAAGACAAGAUCAGUGCCACUGGGCCCAUCCCUGCUCAUCUGCUAAGUAACAUGUGGUCCCAAUUCUGGAGCAACAUCUACGACCUAGUGGAGCCCUACCCUGGCAAGACAAGCCUGGAUGUGACACCGAAGAUGCAGGCAGAUGGAUGGACGGUCGAUCGGAUGUUCCGUACAGCAGACGAAUUCUUUAAGGAGAUGGGUCAAUUGGAGAUGCCGCAGAACUUCUGGGACAACUCCAUGUUCGUCAAACCGGCAGACAGAGAAGUGGUCUGUCACGCGUCCGCAUGGGACUUCUACAACGCGCAUGAUGUCAGGGUUAAAAUGUGCACCAACAUCAACAUGAACGACCUGGUCACCAUCCACCACGAGAUGGGUCACAUCGAGUACUACCUACAGUACAAGCACCAUCCCGUUCCGUUCCGGUGGGGAGCAAACCCAGGCUUCCAUGAAGCGGUGGGAGAUCUGCUGGCUCUGUCCGUGGCCACUCCGAUACACUUACAGGGAAUCGGCCUCUUGGACACCGUCGAAGACGACAACGAGUCUGACAUCAACUUCCUGAUGAAUAUGGCCCUGGACAAGAUCGCGUUCCUGCCAUUUGCCUACCUGAUGGACCAGUGGAGAUGGGCGGUCUUCAAUGGCUCUAUCACUCCGGCAACUUACAACCAGGAGUGGUGGAAACUUAGGACUCGUUACCAGGGUAUCGUGCCACCUAUCCCGAGGAACCCCGACAAAGACUUUGACCCCGGAGCUAAAUUCCACAUCCCUGACAACACCCCUUACAUCAGGUACUUCGUGAGUUUUGUAGUUCAGUUCCAGUUCCACCAGGCCCUGUGUCAGACUUCCGGGCACACCGGCCCGCUGCACAAGUGUGACAUCUCUGCAGGGCCCAACAAGGCGGCCGCUGGGGAGAAGUUGGCCCGAAUGCUCCAGAUGGGUUCCAGUCAACCGUGGCCGGACGCCAUGGAGGUGAUCACUGGCCAAAGGACGAUGUCAGCUCAGCCGAUCGUGGAGUACUUCCAACCACUCAUCACUUGGUUGGAAGCACAGAACGUCGGAGAGACGCUCGGCUGGGACGAAAACUGGACUCCUCCUUAUGACUGUGCGGCGACUGACGGCUUCACCUGUGCUGACGGGUCGAAGUGCAUCCGGCCAGGGGACCGUUGCGAUGGCGUCAACGACUGCCCUGACAACUCCGACGAACAGAAUUGUCCCGUCGGGGGCGCGACUGUCUCAGUGGUGACCGACUUUGUCUCAACUGUCGUCUGCGUGUGGAUGGCUCUACUGAUAGUUUAUUAA